AUGGACCUCUUCGGAUUAAUAGGCCGAACAGCCCUCGUUACUGGCGGCACUCGUGGAAUCGGCCAGCAGAUGACUAUAGCCUUGGCUGAAGCGGGUGCUGAUAUUGUCCUGGUACAGCGCAACGAAAGCAACGUCGAAACAAAAUCGCACAUCGAGUCCCUCGGCCGCAAAGCCACAAUCUACACAGCCGACCUGUCAAAUAGAGAAGACGUCUUAAGCCUCGUGAAAAGAGUCCUCAGCGAUGGACACGAUAUCUCAAUUCUCCUGAACUGCGCGGGGAUACAGCGUCGACAUCCGGCUUAUAUCUUCCCCGAUGAUGAUUGGGAUGAGGUCCUCCAAGUAAACCUCUCCACAAUCUUCACACUAUGCCGCGACAUAGGCGCAUACAUGCUCACCCGCCAAUCCCCCGACGGCCACAACAACAUCCACCGCGGAAACAUAAUCAACGUCGCUUCCCUCGUCUCCUUCCAAGGAGGCAUCACAGUCCCCGCCUACGCAGCUGCAAAAGGUGGCGUCGCGCAGUUGACAAAAGCAUUAUCGAACGAGUGGUCCGCGCGCGGUGUCAAUGUUAAUGCCAUUGCGCCCGGGUAUGUCGCUACGGAUAUGAAUGAGGCGUUGUUGAGAGAUCCGGAGAGGGCAGGGAGUAUUUUGGCAAGAAUCCCGAUGGGGCGAUGGGGCGUGCCGGAGGAUUUUAAAGGGGUGACGGUUUUCUUGGCGAGUCGGGCGAGUGCGUAUGUUACUGGGGAGAUCGUUACGGUUGAUGGGGGGUGGAUGGGGCGGUAG